UGUGUCUCCAAAUUAUAACCUAAAUGAGCAUGUGCACUAUCCGUUGCAGUUGCAGACUUCACUCACUUCAAAGCUGAAAAUUCAAACAGUGAAGAGAGAAAAUGCUUGCUUGCCCAAUCAGAGCAAUGGGAGUGGAGAAGGAGUUGCUGAAACCGGGAGGCGGCCCGAAGCCCCUUCCCGGUCAAAACGUCACCGUUCACUGCACCGGAUUCGGCAAAAAUCGAGAUCUCACCAAAAAAUUCUGGAGCACCAAGGAUCCUGGGCAGAAGCCUUUCACUUUCCAAAUCGGCCGAGGCCAAGUUAUCAAGGGUUGGGAUGAAGGCGUCUUGGGAAUGCAAGUGGGAGAAGUUGCUCGAUUGAAGUGCUCGCCGGAUUAUGCCUAUGGUUCAAGUGGUUUUAUAUCAUGGGGAAUUCAGCCCAACUCAGAUCUGGUUUUUGAUGUUGAAUUGUUGAGCGUUGAGUGAAUUGGUAGUGUAAUGCUUUGCAUUAAUGAAUUAUCGUUUCAUUGCUUCUUGUAUGAACUGAUGAAAUACUUUGUUAUCAAUUCAAGGAUAAUGAAUGGAUGACAUCCAUUUCAAAA